UUCAAACCCUACCUUUAAAAAAAAAACAAAAAAAAUGAAGCGUGACGAGGUUUUUUCUUGUCCUUAUGUUAGAAGGUGCAAAAUCAAUAGGUGCCGGAGCUGCUACAAUUGCUUUAGCGGGAGCUGCUGUCGGUAUUGGAAACGUCUUCAGUUCUUUAAUUCAUUCCGUGGCGCGGAAUCCAUCAUUAGCUAAACAAUUAUUUGGCUAG